AUGGAGACGAAAUCGUCCUGUGUUUAUGAUGUAUUGGACACUCGGUUCGGGCAGGUGAGAUGAAAUUUCUUUCAUUGAAUGAAGGCUUAUUAGGUGCUUAUUUCUGAGUUCGCGAAAACAUCGAAGUUGGUUGCCGUGUACUUCUACGAGGGAGCGGACACAAUAAGCAUCCUACAAGAAACGUUUCCGAGUUUCUCAUUUUCUGAAGGUCAAGUUUCUUGCUCUGACGCGGUAACGGCGAUUGAAAGAGAAGUUUUAUUUCAAGCGUUUGAGGUGAUCAAAGCCAUAAAUUCCCUACACUGUGGUUUGAAAAUUGACAUCUACUACAAAACGGAAGGUGAAUUCACGUUGAAAGUGUUGGAAUAUCUACGGACAAUCCCAAGAGGUCACACACAAUCUUACUCCCAGGUAGGAGGACAUUCUGAAGAGAGAAACUAUUCGAUUUGACAUCCUAUUUCAAAAUUUUUUUUUGUAGAAGCUACACAGGUGCAACUUUGUAUUGAAAGUGUUUCCGCGAAAUUCAAAGUAGUCGUCAAAGAAAUAAACAGUUAAUUAAGUUUCGGAGCGUCAGAGAUAAUUUGCAUUUUACGGGAAACUUUUAACACGGCAAUAGAUGGUCGUUGAAAAAAGUCAAAAGCCAUUUUAACCAUUUUUGUAUUAAAUAAAUAUUUUCAAAAUCGAGCGUGAAAAAUACUUUUGUUAAACAGUCGUUUAGUUCGAAAAGCGACUGAAAAACUAAUUUUGAUUUGUUAAUCUCUCCACGGUAUAGAUUGCGGCAGCGAUUGGACAUCCGACGGCGGCCCGAGCUGUGGCACGAGCUUGCGCCACAAACAACGUUGCCUACCUGAUUCCUUGCCACCGCGUAAUCGCCAGCAACGGCUCAGUUUCCGGUUAUCGCUGGGGAAUCGAAAAGAAAAAAAAAAUUUUAAAGGCGGAAGGCGCGGAAAUUUCUCAUUGCGUCAUGUAG